UAUACAAUGUAUUAUAACCAGAAUAUAACUAUAUAUAAUAUAUAGCGAAUACUUGGAUUCUGUUUAUGACAUACAUUGCUGUUCGACAUAUAUAAUAAUGUACGACUAUGGACUGGCUACUGGUGAUGUUUUGCGUCGAUUUGCACAAAUUUACGGCACUGAAUGUUUUUCCCCCACGCGUAGACGGGCCGUACUGCAAAUCGGGCAGUUUUGCUCAACUGAAGUUUGUCCUAAUGGAGUUGCCGUUUGUCACUGUUCAGGAUGACUGCUAGAGCAUCCGAAAAUCUGGUCAUGACGGUAACAUAGUUACAAUUGUAACAUUGUUUUUCUUUUCACAAAUGGACACGGAAACACCUACAUCUACAACAUUGAGCGCGAAGGCUAGCUGGCUAACAGACGUUACAGGGCAGCAUCUCCGUGCUAAAAGUGACUUUUUUUAAAUGCACGGGUGACGUAUUGGUUGCAGUCUCACUCACAUUCUAACAGGAGCAUAGGCUCGAAAGUUGACUUGCGAGAGACAAUGGAAAAGACGGGAAUAUGAGUACAGAUCCACACAGAAUGUUGGUCAAGUCAAGGGUUUGUUUUAUGGCUGCUCUGCUCCUGUUGGUGGAGCUGGGAGAAUGUGCAGAGAAGACCAACUCCUCAGAGCUCCAUCAGUUCACUGCUGUGGAGUUCUAUGACAAACUGCAUUCUGGGAAGAUGAUGUUUGUCUAUUUUGAGCUCCAAGUUUCUCCAACUAUCUCACUCUUUUUGGCGGAGCUGGCAAAGUCGGCUGAAGUUCUGCAGGACUAUGGAGUGCUGGUUGGCAAGGCGGACUGUAGCAAAGAGGCGAUUUACAGUUACUGCACAGACCAGAGGCAGCUGCACACUGCCUUUCUCUUCAGAGGUGGCAAAGAGUUCCUGGGUUUGAAUUUGGACACAGUUUUUGACGUCAACUCCAUCGUCUCUGAAGUCUUAUUUGCCAUUCUGCGUGAAGAGGUGAAGUACGUCCACACAGAUGCUGACCUUUUGGCCAUGGAGAAGUCAGCUAGAGGACAGAAGGACCUGGUGCUGGGGUAUGUCAGCAGUCUGGGAACACAAGAGCACAGGUCCAUCAUGGAGACGGCGUACGUGUAUGGAUCCAAAUACCAGUUCAUCUUGAUCACAGGAGGACCGGUCCUCAAACAUUUAGGCAUCAAUGAAACAUCCCAGUCGUCCCAGGUCUGGUUCCUUCACUGCCAACGUCACAGUGGCCCGAGGUUGACCUCUGUCCACUGUCCCCUGACCCGCAUGAAGAAACCCCUGACCAUUAUCAGCCUCCACUCCUUCCUGCAGCUCAUGGAGGCUCCACUUGUGUCUGAAGUCCAUGAAGACCCGACUGUGGUUCCACCACCUCAGUUCCCCUACCAAGACACUCCUCAGGUCUUCGUGUUUUCACGUCCAGAGACUCAUCACCUGGACCUGGACACGGCUACAGCUCUGGCCUGGAGACUGAGAGGAAUCGCCACGCUGCUGCUCGUCCACAGGCAGAGUCCUGCAGUGAAAACUCCUGAUCACUAUAACCUUGCCUACAGGCGGCCUCAGAAGAGUUUAGAGGUAAAGUUCGUGACCCUUCACAACAUCGACGAGGUGUUGGAGAUCCUCUCACACGAAGAGCAGGAGGCUGAGGAGGAGAAAGAUGGAGGGGAAGAGGAGGAGGAUGAGGAGGACAUAGAAUUACACUUUGGAUCACUGAGUGAUGAAAUCGCAGCCUCGGUCUAUAACAACAGAGACACAUUCCUGGACAUGGACUCCAUUACUGAACUGACCUCUGAAAACUUCCACACUGUGGUGGCACAGAGUGACCUGACGGUGGUGCUGUUUUACCUCAAAUGGGAUGCUGUUUCCAUUACUGUUCUCGAAUCUUUUAUCGAAAUUGCAGACAGGUUUGCAGACUCUGAGGUGCCGGGGGUGCAGCUGUGUUCUGUGGAUUGUUCAGAGUGGACUGACCUCUGUUCUACUGAGGUGGGAGACUCGAGCCCCUUCCCUUUUCAGCCAAUCAUAUCGUUCCCCACCGUUCUAAUGCUGCGCCCAAAGGAGGCUGCUCAGCACUACAGCGGCAUGCUGGGUAUAAUGGCGCUGCACCGCUUCAUCAUGCUAAGCUGUCAAGCAUCUCCAGUCACACUGUCCAGUCAGGAGGAAGUGACAUCAUUUCUACAGGAGGUGCAUCACCCUGAGCUUCUGGGACCAAAACCUGACAGAAUGCUGGGAUUGUUCAACACACCAACAAAUGAAGGGGUCGCUGUGUUCUUUGAAGCGGCUAAGUCACUGAGAGGAACAGUUCUGACUGGAUUAGUGACGGGCACCUUGGCAGAGAAAUGGGCUGCAGAUCAGCAGGUGGAGCUUCCUGCAGUGUUGGUGUUUCCAUCAUGGGGAAGACACACUGGUCCCACCACACUGUCCAUGUCCUCCUCUGCUGAAGAGCUGCUCACAUCCAUCAGCUCCGCUCUGCUCCAUCCUCUGCCUGAGCUGACAGUAGAAAGUCUGCCCUCUGUCCUGUCUGUGGACAAAGGCCUGCUCCUCCUGUUUGUUGGUGAGGAGGAGGACGAGGCCGGGCUCAGACAGAACCAGCUUCUACUGGAGGAGAUGAGGAAAGUGGUGGAGCUGGGAGGUGACAAGAUGGAGGCGUAUGUGGCCUGUUGGAUCCACCUAGGUCGCACUCCUGCUGGUCUCUCCGUCUUGGGGUCGUACCUGGGUUCGAUGCCGCCACUUCCUGCUCUGUUCCUCACUCAUUCACCUUCUACUGAUGAAAUCUAUCAGUACCCCCCCAGUACACCCAUCAGGGCUGCAUCUGUCGUGCAGUGGCUGCAGAGGAUCCAAGAUGGAGCUGAGCCAGCAGCAGGAAUGCUGGGUGCAGACACCUGGCCCCCGUCUGGUAAGUUCUACGACUUCCUGAAGGUCAUGGACACAGAAGAGCCUGGAUCUGCCCAACAGCAAGAACCUGAAGAAGAAGAAGAAGAAGAGGAGGACAAAGAGAGGGUGAAGGGGAAGAUGAAGAACACGGAGGUGACAGGUUCCUCCUUCUCAUCCUCGUCUUCUGCUGCUGCUGCUCACACUCACUCUGAACUCUAACGCAUGAUCACGUUUGGUUGAUGGUUCAUUUCACCUCCAGGGUUUUUUCUUUCUGACUGAAUUUUUAGUGUUUCUAAUGAUAAACAAAUGUUUACAAAUGUGGCGUCUCAGCUCCAGACUACAGUUUCUCAGUGUUUACAUUUUGUUUUCACCUUGUGUUGCGUAUCAGGACUUACUGACUACCAUUUAUGGAUGGAUAGAUGGAUCGAACUUUAUUAAUCCCUCGGGACAUCUCUUGAGAAAAUAUAUUUUAAUGACAGCAUGUUUAAUAGUGGUUUUAUUAGAUACACAGUUCACAUAAUAAAAUGUAGUAUGUGAACCGUGUGCCUUCAUUUAAUCUUUGUUUAAGGGCUUGAAAUGUUGUGAGUGUAAAUUGAUUUUCCAAGGGAUUUCAUAUAGAUUGCUUGUUUUUUUUAAAUGUCAGUUGGACCACUUUGGCUUUACAUCCUCUGCUCCGUUGACUUUUCACUACACAUUUUCUUUUUCUCAGCAAAACACUAGAUAGGACUGUAUUUUGAGGCGUCUUCCGUGAACUACUGCAAACCUCCGUUCACAUCAACUUGAGUACCUCUUUCUGCUACUUGAUGUUAGAGCAGAGUCUUGUCUUUUACAUUCAUCUUUAUAUUGAUAUUUUAAAAGCACAACCAAAUAAAGUGAUUUUUAUAUUG